AUGAUUUGUAAAGUAAAAGGUCGUAAACGAAUAACUUUUUUGUCGUUGGAGCUGAGCUCUCUGACGACUGAGGAACUUCUUCCACAUCUGAGAAAGGAGGUUGACAAGCUGAGGAACGAUGCUGAUGGUGCGCGAAAAGUUGCUUCUCUGGAGCAUGAAGAGCUUGAAAGUUUGCGUGAACAGAAUGAGAAAUAUAGAGAUCGGGUCGACGACCUUCUGGAUGUGCGUGAUAAGCUCGAACAGGAGAAGCAGCAGCUGGAAGAAGAGCUUCACUAUGUGACUACAGAACGGAAUGAGAAAUCUAGUGAGGUAGAAAGGUUAAGCCAUCAGUUGGAUGACCUUGACUACAACAUAUCUGGGAUGUCCUUAGAACUAAAAUCUUUGGAAAAUAAGGCUAUAUUGUAUGAACAAAGCACAAAAAAGUUAAGGAGCGAAGUUGAGCAUUGGAAAGCGGAGCACAAGAAAGCAAUGGAAAUUAUCAGUAGAUUGUGUCAGAAAUUAAAACAGUUGCCGAAAGACGACAGCCAAAAACGCAUUCGCGAGCUUGAAACAGAAAUUGAAGAGAAUAUGAAGAAAAUUGACGAAUAUAACGUAACUGUGUCGCAACUCACAAAGGAGUUAGAAUUUUCUCGGUCUGAAUGUGGUAAAGCUCAAGAGUCAGCCAAUGAUUGGAAAAGCAAGUUUGAGCAGAAAGAAAAAAAAUCAGUAGUAUUUUUGAAUGCGGAAACGUUAACCUUUUCAGUGUUGUCUGAUUUCUUGCAAUUGAGACGCGCGCCUUCUCUUGGUGAUCCUCUCGGUUCUAUGGGCUCUUCCCCUCUUGGUUCUCUUGGCUCUUCGCCUCUUGGCUUUGGUUCCGCCAUGUUUUAUCCUCACAAGCAACUGUUGUGUCGUCACCCAACUUUGACUGGUCCGAUCUCAACACCGUUGCGCAAUAGCCCUUUCCCACUGCAUUCGAAAACAACGGUCGCGCAAGAAGUGUCGUCUCCAACUGUAUCAUCAACUCCCGCAGUUGACGGGCAGGCGCAUCCUGCUAUUAUUCCGCCAACAGUUCCUCAAAGUCGGCUGCAGUGA